AUGGAGCCCACGAACGCUGGCUUGGACUUGGAAAAGGAGCUGACGUGCUCUAUCUGCACGGAGCUCCUAUACCAACCUUUGACUCUUCUUGAUUGCCUUCACACCUUUUGCGGUGCCUGUCUGAAGGAAUGGUUUACUUUUCAGGCUGCGACGGCCGAGCGGGGGCCAAACCCGCCUGCUCCCGGUACAAACAUUUUUACAUGCCCAUCAUGUCGGGCUCCUGUACGAACGACCCAACAUAAUGCGACCGUCGUCACUCUCUUGGAUAUGUUUAUAGCAGCAAGCCCUGGCAAGGAUCGUUCAGCAGCAGAGAAGGAAGAGAUGGCAAAGAAGUAUAAACCCGGCGACCAAGUCCUUCCAACGAUAAAUACACAUCGAACAGCGGAUGAGCGGCGCAUCGACGCUGAAGACAGAAGGUUGAUGGAGGAGGUUCGAGAACUGAGUUUACAAGAGGCGGGAGUAUCUUCGGGGCCACCAAGGACACGGCGGAGGCGUGAGAGCCGAUCCGCGGACAACAGAAGGACAAGCAGAGACAGGGAGAGGGACCGGGGUAGAGAUAGAAGCGUCGAUAGCCGCCAUCAACCACGAGGAAGCCGUCGCCCACGAGUUGACGAGGGAGGUCGGCAUAGCUCUGAUCAACUCCAUGUCGAAGGCGAGCGACGACGUCGACGAAGCGAGUCGAGGCAGCGCCAGAUUGAGCACCAGUCAUCGAUUCGGUCACUAAUCAGCUCGGGAGAUAUGAGUGAGAGGGAUAUCGAACGAGAAAUAGAGUCCUUUGCCAGACAGAUCCAGGAAGAAGGUCUCCUCGAUGGGCUCGAUUUGGACAACAUCGAUUUGAGUCGCGACGACGAGCUCAGCAGGAGGAUCACAGAAGCAUAUAGGCGCCGUCAGAGGGAUCGAACACGCCAAGAAACGAGGAGGAACAACGGAAAUAACUAUCCUCCAUUGACACGAUAUGCCGAGAAUACAGCAGCUGGGGAUCCUCGCAUGUUGGCCCCAGAAGGAGGUCGACCAAGAGAAAGAUCUCGACCACAUUCUCGGUCUGCUAGCGCUACAAGUGCUGCCAGUGCUGCGAGUCAGACAGAGGAACGGAGUCGUCCCCCAACCUCUACAACCUCAGCAAACUUAGAAGUCCAGGAGCCAGUCCGAAGGCCUAGAAGACGGACUGCUAGCGGAGGUCGAAGCUCUACCACUCCAGUAUUUCCGACCACUGCUGAGCCCAGGCCUGCUGCUCGGUCCUCUACGGACCUGGGAUCGAGGCCACAGGCUUCCGAUAUAACACAGUCCCGACCUAGCUUCAGCGAGGGACGCAGCACCAGCACACCCAUCCACACCGUGCCGUUUCCCAACCCAACAGAAGCGGCUUCAUUCAGCAACAAUACCGGGAAUAUGUCGUUUGCCAGUCGUCAAGGAACCUCUCAAAGUGCAUCGGUCCCUCCUCUAUUCUCCCAUCAUGAUGCAACAGCCGGUCGGGCAAACAGACCUCGUCCGGUUGAUCUGGCCAUUGUUCAUCAGACUGUAACCAGCCCGAUCAGUAGUCCCACUGUCUCUGGACACCAGAGGACCAGGUCUCAGCUCUACCCGGAACCUUCAGUCAGCUGCUCACGAUGCAACAAACAGCACAUUGAAUAUGAGCUCCAUUACAAUUGCUCCAUUUGCGCCAAUGGACAGUGGAAUGUAUGCCUCAACUGUUAUCGGGCUGGCAAAGGCUGUCAUCACUGGUUCGGGUUCGGCCAUGGUGCUUUUUCAAAAUGGGAAAAGAUUCGUCAGCAGAAAGGGGAUGCUUCACUACCACAGCCACAUACACUGACCGCUCUCCGUUACCGUCCUCCCCGCUCAUCUCCUGGCGGGGCAGACGGACGAAAAACACUAACAACGGACGAUCCUCGACAUCGUUUGGAAAGCGGCACUUUCUGUGCCAAAUGCUCUGCUUGGACAAACGAGUGCUAUUGGCGGUGCGAUGUAUGUAAUGAAGGCGACUGGGGUUUCUGCAAUGACUGUGUAAAUCAGGGAAGAUCAUGCACGCAUCCCUUACUUCCAAUGGCUCACGAAGCCACCCAGUCUAAUCAGCACAGGGCUGGAAGUCCUCCCAGAUCGCCCGGUCGACCCACCGCAGCAACAAUAUUUAAAGGCCCUAAUGCAUCCAGCAUCAAACCAUUCGAAUACUUGUCAUUCACCACAAGAUGCGACUUGUGUCAGGAGCCCAUUCAGCCGAAUCAAGCACGAUACCACUGCUAUCAGUGCACAAGCUCUUUGGUAUCAGAUGCUGCACCAGGUGAUUACGAUAUAUGUUCUUCAUGUUAUGGAAACUUGAUUAUACAAAGGCAAAUUAGCCCUGAAAAUGGCCAUUCGGGUUGGAGGAGAUGCCUUAACGGGCAUAGAAUGGUAGUCAUCGCAUUUACGGAUGGGAAGAGUGGGCGAUGGAGAUAUAUAGCCCAGGAUUUGGUAGGAGGCCAAGGACUAAAGCCAGAGGUGGCUGAAAAGUCAGAACACCGCGAGAAAGGACUUCAAAAAUGGGUUUGGCACGAAAAUGGUCAAGAUCUAGCCCGGCUUGUCACCAAAGACGUGUCAGAAACGGCGCCGAGUGAGAGCGGUUUCGCAAAGAGCUUACCACCUGAUGGCGGAGUCGGGCUGAAGGCAACUGCGAGGUUUGGAUGGUACCCCAGACCGGGAGCUGACGACGAGCUUCUCUUCCCAAAAGGAGCGGAGAUCAAAGAGAUCGAGGAUGUGAAUGGAGAAUGGUUUUUUGGAGCAUAUAUGGGUACUCGGGGCUUGUUCCCAGCGCCAUAUGUGCGGUUAGAACAGGAUGCCUAA